UAUUGUUCAUCUACAGUUCAUGCAAUGAUGAUACACCAAUAAAUCUUGGCAAAGCGUCAUGACCGGAAGUACGACAUUACAAAAAUGCAGGAAAUGAGUUACCUGCAGGAUAAUUCCAAAGUGGAGGCACUUACCAAAGCUGUUCUCAUCUCCAUAUUAGCUGUUGCCAUUAUUUUAUCGAAUCUCUUGAUUAUUGCUACCUAUGCCAAUUUUAAAGGUCCCACAGAGGUCAUCAAUUACUAUUUGCUGUCAUUAGCCGUUGCCGAUUUAUUAUGCGGUCUAUUGGUGGUACCAUUUUCGGUGUAUCCCGCCUUAACCGGCGAAUGGAUUCAGGAGGAAAUAAUAUGCCGUUUCACAGGUUAUUUGGAGGUAACAUUGUGGGCAGUGUCGGUAUACACCUUCAUGUGGAUAUCGGUUGAUCGUUAUCUGGCAGUGAGAAAACCACUGCGCUAUGAAACUGUACAGACAAAAACAAGAUGCCAAUGCUGGAUGGCCUUUACAUGGAUCUCAGCCGCAUUACUCUGUUGUCCGCCCAUAUUGGGCUAUACCGCACCGGUGAAAAACGAUGUCGCCCACAUUUGCAUGCUGGACUGGGGCAAUAUGGCUGCAUAUAGUAUAACAUUAGCAAUAUUAGUAUUAGGUCCCAGUGUUAUAUCCAUUGUCCAUAACUAUUCAUAUAUAUUUAUAAUGAUGCGUAAAUUAAAAUCGGGCGAGCCCAUACACGAUAAAGAAUACGCUACGGCGUUGGCCGAAAAUUUAUCGAAUCCUAGUCAUAUGAUGUCAUUUGCAUUAGUGUUUGCAUUCUGGAUGUCCUGGUUGCCGUGGAUUUCGUUACGUUUGUACGAACAGGUAACCGGUGAUGUUGUGCAAAGUACUCUCAUUAAUUUUGGCGUUGUCUGGAUCGGUGUUCUAAAUUCAUUUUGGAAAAUCAUAAUUAUGACCACGAUGUCACCGCAAUUUCGUAUCGCGCUCAGAGUAUUUUGCCUAACAAUAUGCUGUAAGACUAAGGGCCGUUUGCAAGCUGAACUAAUCGGGUUGGACCCAGAUGACUAGAGUCGUUAGAUUUUCAUGUGGC